UGCGUGUGCUGGUCCGCUGUGGCUGGGAAAAGAGAAGCGAUGCACCGCAGUGGCUAACGCAUGGGACUGUGGAGAAAGAAGGGGAGCACUGGUUAGAACAGCGUCAGCCGAAGUCUGUGGGACGUAGCCGGAGAGGACCAACUUUAACCAUGGUUUCCAUCGACCAUGUGGCUCAGAAAAUACUGACGUACUUCCCAUAUGUUCUUGUUUUGGUUGAUAUGAGGUUUGAAGGGGUGAAAUGUGGCAAGGAUGGAAGUGUGGACAAUCACAUGGAGAUGGGGAAGAAACUGCUUGCUGCUGGCCAGCUAGCUGAUGCCCUCUCUCAUUUUCAUGCUGUUGUGGAUGGAGAUCCCAAAAACUACAUGGCAUACUACAGGAGAGCUACAGUGUUUUUAGCAAUGGGAAAGUCAAAAUCAGCACUGCCAGAUUUAAGCAGAGUCAUUGAACUUAAACCAGACUUCACAUCUGCAAGGCUUCAGAGAGGAAAUCUUCUUCUGAAGCAGGGAAAGUUGGAUGAAGCAGAGAGUGACUUCAAGAAGGUGCUGAAGUCCAACCCCACCGACAAAGAAGAGAAGGAGGCCCAGAGCCAGCUGACAAAAUCAGAUGAAAUUCAGCGGCUGGUUGCUCAGUCGCGCAGGAGCUUCGACAACAAGGAUUAUGUGACAGCUGCUGCACAGCUUGACACCAUCAUUGAGACAUGCAUUUGGGAUGUGACCUCUCGUGAGAUGCGAGCAGAGUGUUUCAUUCAAAUGGGAGAGAUGGGGAAGGCUAUCACUGACCUUAAAGCUGCAUCCAAGUUAAAGAGUGACAAUACCCAGGCUUUCUACAAGCUGAGCACCAUAUAUUAUAAUCUUGGAGACCACGAGAUGUCCCUCAAUGAGGUGCGUGAGUGCUUGAAGCUGGAUCCUGAUCACAAGCAAUGUUACAGCCAUUACAAGCAAGUAAAGAAGCUCAACAAACAGAUCCAAGCUGCUGAGGAAUUUAUCCAAGAACAGAGGUAUGAAGACGCAGUGAGCAAGUACGAGGCGGUGAUGGAGACUGAGCCCAAUGUGCACUAUUUCUUGCUUCGUGCCAAGGAGCGAAUCUGCCAUGCACUAACACAGGCCCAGCAGGCUAGCAGAGCAAUCCCAGUGUGUAGUGAAGUCCUACAGUCCAAUCCCUCUAAUGUUGAUGUGUUGAAGGACAGAGCCGAAGCAUAUCUCCAAGAUGAACAGUACGAGGAAGCUGUUAGAGAUUAUGAGACUGCCGCAAAACACAGUGAGGGUGACCGUCAGAUCAAAGAAGGUCUGGAAAGAGCUCAGCGGCUACUCAAACAGUCUCAGAAGAGGGAUUAUUAUAAGAUCCUUGGAGUGAAGAGAACUGCCCAGAAAAAGGAGAUUAUCAGAGCCUACAGGAAACUGGCACAACAGUGGCACCCGGACAACUUCCAGGAUCCGGAGGAAAAGAAGAAGGCAGAGAAGAAGUUUAUAGACAUCGCUCAGGCUAAAGAGGUUCUCACUGAUCCAGAGAUGAGAACCAAGUUUGAUCACGGUGAAGACCCCAUGGAUCCAGAGAGCCAGCAGGGGCACCAUCAUCACCACUUCCACGGCGGGUUCCACGGCUUUCAGGGUUUCAAUCCAUUUGGCUCCGGGCCCUUUAACUUUAAAUUUAACUUCAACUGAGGCGGCUUACUCUUCAGCACAGCUGGAGUGGAUAUUUGUACUUUCCUCCCUAUUUAAAAGGGAGCUCACUGGCAUAAAGGAAUGUCAGUUCACAAGUGUCAUAAAAAUGUGGAGCAUAACGUGACUUUGAUUCAGUGACUCAAAUUAAUUAAAGAUGCCUCUUUGUUGUGGAAAUAAUGCAACUUUGAAUUCCAGCUGGGGAAGGGCUCUUACUGUGCAACAAAUAUCUGACUUGUGUGAAGGUAUGAAGCAGCUUUAAUCUGUCAUGAGUGGGAUGUCUAAUCUUACACUUGUAUCUUUUCCACAUAUUGUACAAUCACUUCAAAUCCAUUCGUAAUUGGUUGUACAGAAGUACAGUAUUUUUAUAUGAAUGGAUUUUUUUUUUUUUAAAUAACUGUAAAUAAAGAGCUAUUUAUGUACAAUAAA